AUGGCCAACCUUUUAUCUGCAUCGAAAAUCUUCAUCUGCGACGAAUGCACGAUGGCGCAAAAACGUGCAUUAGAAGCACUUAACCGAACAUUGAAAGAUCUACGCAAUGACUCGAGAUGUUUUGGAGGCGCAAUGAUUUUACUGUUUGGCGAUUUCCGCCAAACACUGCCAGUAACUCCAAGAUCAACGGCAGCCGACGAAAUAAACGCUUGCCUCAAAUCAUCAAAUCUAUGGCACUAUGUGAAGAAACUUCAACUGACAACAAAUAUCAGAGUUGCAUUGCUUAAUGAUACAUCUCCUGGAGAUUUCUCUGAGCAAUUGCUGACUAUCGGUAAUAGUCGAGUACCUGUCGACGAAUCAAGCGGAUUGAUUUUCUGUAACUUUGUCUCAUCGAAAGACGAACUUAUCAGCAAAGUAUUCCCAAACAUCAUUACUAACUACAAAAAUAGUGAAUGGUUGAGUGAGCGAGCAGUUUUAGCGUAG